UUAACAUCAGUUUUUGCAACAACGAGAAUAUAAUAACAAAAUACAAAUUUUUCCACAUUUCUAGGAUAAAGUUCAAUUAUAAAUCGAAAACUUCAUAAUGGGAGAUAUUCAAACUCUGAUUGAUAUGGGAUUCGCCAAAGAGAGAGUGGAAUAUGCAAUUAAAAUUACCAACAAUAAGGGUGUUGAACCGGCAAUGGAGUGGUUGCUGGCACACGCCGAUGAAAAUAUACCAGCCGAAGCCGCGGCACCUGAAGCAGCAGCGAAUGAAAGUGGGAGCGAUGCUACUCAAGCAGAUGCUGCCACUUCUUCCGGCGCUGAAGCAAAGUCUUUAAAAUGCGAUGAUUGCGGAAGAUUGUGCAAAGAUCAAACUGAAGUCGAAUUCCAUGCAGCCAAGACUGGACAUAGCAACUUCUCUGAAUCAACGGAGGAGAAGAAACCACUUACAGAAGAGGAAAAGAAAGCACAACUGGCACUAAUUGAAGAGAAGCUGAAACAAAAACGCCGCGAAAGGGAAGAACGUGAAAAAGCCGAUGCCUUAGAACGUGAGAAAAAUCGUAUAAAAUCCGGCAAGGAUAUGACCGAAGCACGUAAACGCAUGGAGGAGCUAGAAAUGAAGAAGAUAGUGGAUCAACGUAAACGUGAAAAGGCCGAAGAGAAAGCAGCAAGGGAUCGUGUACGUGCACAAAUUGAGGCGGAUAAAGCAGCACGCAAAGCCAGAGAACAAAACCAAACUGAGCCAGCAUCACCAGUAACUUCCCCUACCGUGACGUCGCCAGCGUCCACAUCUGCUGUCAAGGCGGCACCAAAAGAUUACACACAAACUCGCAUACAGGUGCGUUUGCGCGAUGGCUCCACACUGACUGAAACUUUCAAUGUUAAAGAACAGUUAUCGGCCGUGCGCGUUUUCAUACAACUGAAAACCGGCGAUGAGACACCUUUUAAUUUGAUGACGACAUUUCCACGUAAAGUUUUCACUGGAGAUGAUUUCGAUACACCACUUGAUGUGCUCGGUCUGGUACCAUCUGCCGUGCUUAUUAUGACUAAAUAAAAGCAGUUUUAACAGAUAUGGAAAUUUAUACGUUAAUUUUUUUGCUGUAAUUCAAUGUAGCGUUUUAUAUUCAACUAAUUUGUAGUAUUAGUGAGGUAUGCUCAAAUAAAAGGGCCAGUAUGAAUAUAAAAACAAAAUUGCUGAAGAAUUUUAAA